UGGACUGAGGAAGAGACCACCCGCUUUAUUCAAUAUCUCGCCCUUCAUCGCACUGAAGGUGGAGAUGGUAUCAACUUCAAACAGGCAACCUUUGCUGCUGCAGGGGCUCAUUUGUUGGAGCCGCUGGAAGGCAUUCUGAAGGAGAACCACAUAGCUGGGAACAAAAGGGACUGGCAAUCUUGCAAGAACAAAUGGAUCAUGUGCAAGAAAAAACAUGCCGCCAUCGUUGAUAUCAAAUCGCAAUCAGGUUUUUCAUGGGAUGAGGAACUGGGCGCAAACAUUGGCCCAGCUGAUGCUGCGCGGUGGACUGCAUUCGCAAAUGCAUGUCCCAAUACAAGGCCCUUUUGCAACAAAGGCUGGAAACACUUUGACGACAUGAAUGAUCUUUUGCAUACACAGAUCACGCGCGGCACCAAC